AUGGCGCUGUACCAGAAAUUUAUUUCAGGACCAGCGAGAAGGCGAGAUGCUGACGUAGAUGUUGAUCAAGGCAAUGAUGACACCUGGCCUCACCCAGACACAAUAAAUAAGUUCCCAGUUCCUGAUGCAUUUGUCAACGUAGUCACAGAAGCGACUGAAGAAAAUGAGGAUGCGCAAGCAUCUCGAGGCGGACCACGGCAUCACCGGUUCCACAGACAUUAA